AUGGCUGUCAGACAGACGUGCGCGCGGCAUGGCCGCAGCGCAGUUCAUGCUUCAAGCAAAUUUCUGUCAUCUCGACAAUAUGCCACAGAGACCAGCUUAUCAGAAGCAUCGAAAAUGCUGGCCUCGAUUGAGAAGCGAACCAAAGACCUCGAAAAGAACCAGAGGGACCUUCGAACGGAGAUAUUUGCCAAAAUCUCAGAGCGUCUAUCCACCGCAUUCGACUUACCAGACCAAUCUACCUUUUCCCCAAGCCAAUCGACCAAAAAAAGUAUUGCGUCGGUUCCCCCAGGGGAACAAUUCACGAGCAAACGUGCUUACGACAAGAAACAAGAACAGCUCAAACAAGUGGCCAAAAAAGGUAGCUCGUUGCUGGUUACAUAUGACCCAAGGCUAGCUUUCAAAAAUCCUCCAACCGCUUCCGAAUUGACCCUUCCGAUGCUGAUGGCCGCGCAAACACACCUGGGACAUGCUACAUCGUUGUGGAACCCUCGGAAUAGUAGCUACAUUUUCGGGAUACGCGAUGGCAUCCAUAUUAUCUCUCUUGACGCCACUUAUGCUUAUCUCCGUCGAGCAGCGAGAGUGGUGCAAGAAGUGGCACGGAGAGGUGGAAUAAUACUGUUUGUUGGCACAAGAGACAACCAAGAACAGAUAGUCGUCAAAGCUGCGAAGAUGGCAGGUGGAUAUCAUAUUUUCGAUCGAUGGGUUCCUGGAUGCUUGACCAAUGGACAACAGAUCUUGGGUAAUUGUGAAUUGAAGGUGGUAGAUGUGCAAGACAAAGAACUCCGAGACAUGACAAUACUUCUGAAUGGUCCGUCUGGGCAUCCAGUGGUGAAGCCAGAUCUUGUUGUCUGUUUCAAUCCAUUAGAGAAUGAGGUUUGCUUGCACGAAUGUGGUCUCCACACCGUGCCUACAAUUGGGGUGAUCGAUACGGAUGCCGAUGCCAGUCGGGUCACAUAUCCAAUACCAGCCAAUGACGACUCGAUCAGAUCCAUCAUGCUGAUUGCAGGGGUAUUAGGAAAUGCUGGUGCAGAAGGGCAGCAGCAGAGGAUGCAAGCGGCAAAAGUGGGGAAAGCCACAUAUAAUAUGAAAAAGGUCAGAGAGAUGCUAGAUUCGCUAGAGGAUAUGAGUACCAUACGAGUGGAGGCAAGAGAGGGUGGCAGUUGA